AUGUCCAGCAAAACCAGUCCUUUGUUGGGCAGCACCAUUCCAGCCUUUGAAGGGUUGAUCCAAAGAUGGAACCUUGUGGUGGACCUUGUCCCACACUGUGCACCUUUGGUUGGCAUUGGUUUAACUUGGGCAGUGAAGUAUGAUGGCCGAAUGAGCCUCACAGAUAUAUAUGCCGUUGCAAUGUUCAUCGAUCACACAAGACACCCACCGUGGAUGAAUGAACAUUGGACAAUCCUGCGAAUCGCAGAGGCUAAAAACUACAUACUCAAACUGAUGUGGAACAAGAGAACAACAAAUGUCUCCAUGCAGUCUGAUCAGUCGAGUUCUCAGCUACACCCUGCAACACUGGGCUCAACAAUUUAUGGACUUCCUGAGAUAAACAUACUACCGCAUCACCAGGGUGGCCCCCAAUCAGUUGUUCUUAGCCCCACAGGAACAGAUCUACUAUCUUUUUGGAGGCACAUAUUUUCCUCCAGUGGUGAUACAUUUACCAAGAAGCACAAUUAUCUCAGCCCACACUUGAUGGAAGCCCUACAGGUGGUGAAAUUUGCGCUGAAAAAAGAGCGACUGCAUUUCACCAAGGGUUGGGCAGUAUCCCAAAGGGAUAUGGAGUAUAACUUGAUGUGUGUCAUUGGCUCUGCAAGCCGUGAAGAUCUCUUGGCAUCUGGUGGUGAUUUACUGACAUCUGCCAUUAGUGGAACUACUUCUGGCAGUCAUGAUCAUGAGGCCCUUCUCAGAGUCAUCGUGGAGGACAAAUGUGAUGAUGUUCCAGAUGAUAUCGCAACCACUGUUCCUUUCAUCUUGCUUUUGUCAUUGGACUGA